AUGGACCAAGUAUUCUCUUUGCGGCAGGUGCUAAAGCAGCGCCACGCAUACCGCAGACCGACAAUACCUGUGUUCCUCGAUUUCAAGAAUGCGUUCGAUUCAGUCGAUCGAUCGGUUCUGUUCGAAAUACUUGCGCGGAAAGGUGUUCCCACGAAAUAUGUGAACAUCCUUCGUGCUCCAUACUCGAACACUACAGGCCACGUCAGGGUCUACGGUGGCCUGUCUGAUAGCUUUCCGAGCACAAAUGGCGUUCGUCAGGGUUGUUCGUUUUCCCCAUUUUUGUUCAAUUUCGUCUUGGAUUCUAUCAUGGAGUGUUCCCUUGCGGAAUCUCACCAUGCAGGCGUUGAAAUGCUGCCUGGUGAAAGGUUAGUUGAUCUAGAUUAUGCGGACGAUAUCGUCUUGCUUUUCGACAAUGUUGGGGCGGCACAAUCAACCCUGAAUAGCCUGUCCUGUGUGGUCCCGUUAUUUGGUAUGCACUUCGCACCUUCAAAGUGCAAAGUGUUGCUGCAGGACCACCAGCCACUUGAUGACCCCUUGACGCUUGCUAACGAGGAACUCGAGGUGGUUGAUCAAUUCACUUAUCUUGGCAGCUGCAUCAGCAAUGAUGGGCGCAUAGAAACUGACGUCAGCUCACGCAUUGCAAAAGCCCGACCUACCUUCUUGAACCUGCGGCAUCUUUGGCGACAGAAGGAAGUUUCCGUCCGUCUGAAAGACCGUGUAUACAAGACCACAAUGAAGACCGUUCUGCUCUAUGGUAGUGAGACAGCCCCUUCA